GACAGAGUCUUAUUUGAGCAAUUGGCUCAGAUCUAUUGUUAUAAGUACUUUUAAAAAUUAGUGAGAGGACAUUUAAAAAAAAAUUGUAGCUCAAAUUUCAACAACUACACAUAGAAUGAAUGUUACUCUGACCGCUGUGGUUUUGUUGACCACAGCUGCACUUUGUUACGCAGCUGAUGCAGAGUGUAAGUACCGUAAGACUCGUAAAUUGGCAUCUCACUGGCCAGAUCCUACCGAUUGCACUCGCUACUAUCGUUGUACGAAUAAGAGUGUAAAACGAGCAAUAGUUUGCGCCGAAGGCAAAGUAUAUAAUUCGAAGAUAGGAAAAUGCUCAAAUUUCAUCGAGGGUCUUUGCAAAUUGACAUUAGCCGUGCCUUUAGCUGGGAUUGACAAUCUAUGUGCUAAUGAAACCUCUGGUGUUUAUCUUGAUCAACCUGGAUACUGUCGUAAUUUCUAUAUUUGCAAUCAAAAUCAGGCUUAUCCUCAAGUUUGCGACCCAGGAAGUCGUUUUAAUUCUACGACUAGAACAUGCAUACCAGAUACUGACACUGAAUGUUGGCAAAAUAAGUGUAUUAGUGAAAGAAAUGGUACCUAUUUGCCCAAUGAAUCUUCCUGUUCAUCAUUUUAUGUGUGUGCUGCUGGCGAAACAAUCGAACAAGAAUGCGGUAGUGGCAGUUAUUUUAAUAGUUCCAUAAGGAUCUGUCUGCCUGAUCCAGAUGGACGGUUUUGUUGGGAGAACUUAUGCGUAGGCAAACAAGAUGGAGAAUUUGUGCAAGAUGUAAACGAUUGUCACACUUAUUAUGUCUGUGUUGCAGCAAAACCAAUUCAGCAAUAUUGUCCAGAUGGCAGCUAUUUCAAUUCGACUAAAAAUAGUUGCUUACCUGGCGAGUGUUUGCCAGUUACGACCGAUUGUCCCAUCACUGAGACAACAACAUCGACGACUGAAUGCAUUAGUGAAAGUACUGAAUCCACACCAUCAACAGAAUGUACUGAAGUUACAACACCUACUACAGAAGCAACUUGCGAUUGUCCUGGUGGUUAUAAAGAAGGUGAACUGAUACCGUUCCCAAACUAUCCCGAGAAUUGUGAUAAAUAUUAUGAAUGUUCAAACGGAAAACUUGAGGAGAAAGAAUGGCGAAGGAAAUCGCUCAAUAGCACCUGGGUGUUUGUGAACCCGAUGUUGACAAUAUAUGUAGGCCAGCUGUCACUACUGAAGUUCCGAAGUUACAACAUCUGCUACGGAAGCAACUUGCGAUUGUCCUGGUGGUUAAAGGAAGGUGAACUGAUACCGUUUCCAAACUAUCCCGAGAAUUGUGAUAAAUAUUAUGAAUGUUCAAACGGAAAACUUGAGGAGAAAGAAUGCGGCGAAGGAAAUCGCUUCAAUAGCACCUUGGGUGUUUGUGAACCCGAUGUUGACAAUAUAUGUAGGCCAGCUGUCACUACUGAAUGUUCCGAAGUUACAACAUCUGCUACGGAAGCAACUUGCGAUUGUCCUGGUGGUUAUAAGGAAGGUGAACUGAUACCGUUCCCAAACUAUCCCGAGAAUUGUGAUAAAUAUUAUGAAUGUUCAAACGGAAAACUUGAGGAGAAAGAAUGGCGAAGGAAAUCGUUCAAUAGCACCUUGGUUUGUGAACCGAUCAACUCUGAUUGUCCUGGUGGUUAUAAGGAAGGUGAACUGAUACCAUUCCCAAACUAUCCCGAGAAUUGUGAUAAAUAUUAUGAAUGUUCAAACGGAAAACUUGAGGAGAAAGAAUGCGGCGAAGGAAAUCGCUUCAAUAGCACCUUGGGUGUUUGUGAACCCGAUAUUGACAAUAUAUGUAGGCCAGCUGUCACUACUGAAUGUUCCGAAGUUACAACACCUGCUACGGAAGCAACUUGCGAUUGUCCUGGUGGUUAUAAGGAAGGUGAAAUGAUACCGUUCCCAAACUAUCCCGAGAAUUGUGAUAAAUAUUAUAUUGCAGCUGCCCUGGUGGAUACAAAGAGGGUGAAGUGCAACCAUUCCCUAACUAUCCGGAAAAUUGCGAUAAAUAUUAUAUCUGCACUGACGGUAGGCUUCAAGAACGGGGAGUGUGGAGAGGGCAAUUAUUUUGAUAGUAAUCUCGGAGUAUGUGUACCUGAUGUCGAUAAUAUCUGUUCGCCAGCAAAAACGAAUUGCUCUUGUCCUGGUGGAUAUAAAGAUGGUGAAUUGCAACCAUUCCCUAACUAUCCGGAAAAUUGCGAUAAAUAUUAUAUCUGCACUGACGGUAGGCUUCAAGAACGGGAGUGCGGAGAGGGCAAUUAUUUUGACAGUAAUCUCGGAAUUGCAACCAUUCCCAACUAUCCGGAAAACGAUAAAUAUUAUAUCUGCACUGACGGUAGGCUUCAAGAACGGGAGUGCGGAGAGGGCAAUUAUUUUGACAGUAAUCUCGGAGUAUGUGUACCUGAUGUCGAUAAUAUCUGUUCGCCAGCAAAAACGAAUUGCACUUGCCCUGGUGGAUAUAAAGAUGGUGAAUUGCAACCAUUCCCUAACUAUCCGGAAAAUUGCGAUAAAUAUUAUAUCUGCACUGACGGUAGGCUUCAAGAACGGGAGUGCGGAGAGGGCAAUUAUUUUGACAGUAAUCUCGGAGUAUGUGUGCCUGAUGUCAAUAAUACUUGCAGGCCAAAUGUGUGCAAUGGUCAAGUUGACGGUACCUAUAUGCCUGACUCGACAAAUUGUACUUCAUUUUAUCUUUGCAAAGACGGUAAAGGAGAGAUAUAUAAUUGUCCACCUGAGAAGUGGUUUAAUCCAGUUCAACAGAUUUGUAUGCCUGACUAUAAUGCAACGUGCAUAAAUCCUUGUAAAGAUACAACAGGAAUUACAUUAUUACCCAAUCCGGAUUGUUCGAAGUAUUUUCUUUGUAAUAACUGCAAACCAUAUGUUGAGACGUGCCCCGAAGGUGGAUUUGAUAUAACCCUGAAUAAAUGUCGUGCAGAUGCUGUUUGUGAAGCUACUUUGUGUGUAGGUAAAAGUGAUGGAAUCACAUACCCUCUGGUAGGCAACGAUACCAAAUUUUAUUUAUGUAUGGGUGGCGUAGCUCAGAUAAGAGAAUGUAAUCCCGGACAAGUUUUCAAUGAAGCUGUGGGAGUUUGCUUGGAAGAGCCCAGCUCACAAUGUAAUCAAUCCGAAUGCAAUUCCACUAAGCCAGAAGAGAAUGCAUUUGCACCCUUAACCAACAUUGAUAAUACUGCAUUCUGUAUGUGUCGAGGUAAUUCAGCAUUCCUACAUCACUGUGGAGAUAAUUACACUUUCCGAGCUGACCUUGGAAUAUGCUAUUCGAAUGCACCUUGUGAUCCGGAGUUAUGUUAUUCUUUCCCUGAAAAUACGCGCUCUCAAAAUCGUAACGAUUCACACAGUUUCUGUUUAUGUGUCAGUAGGCAACAAGUUAUUGUUGAUUGCCCCAACAACCAAACAUACAAUGCAGUCACCCAAACUUGCCAAAUGCUUGAUGAAAGAUGUUCUGCUACUUUUUGCCUUACGGCUCCGGAGUAUAGUACUUUCCCAGCAUUGAAUAAUGAUACAGAUGGUUUCUGCGAAUGCGUCAUUUCUGGCAGCAUAUAUAAGUUGUGCGGAAACGAUAAGAAAUACAAUGCGGAAAGAGGAGUAUGCCUAUCAGACAUUGACGAUGAUUGCAAUAGUUCACUUUGUUCAGGAAAUACUGGAUUGAUAUUUGGUGCUGCCAGUGAUCCUUAUGCCUUCUGCUAUUGUAUUAACGAUGGAUUAGCAAUUAAGCAGAAUUGUCCAAAUUCUGAGAUAUUUAAUGAGACUUUGUUAAUAUGUCAGGCGGUGGGUUGUGAUGGCCAAUUUUGCUUGACGAAUCCGGCCAGUCCGUUUCCAGCUUUAAAUGAACCAUAUGCUUUUUGUAUCUGUGGAAAUUCAGAUCCAAGCUCAGUAACUAAACACGAUUGUUUGAGUGGAACACGUUUCGAUCCAUACUACUUAAUAUGUAAAGAGGAUCCUUGCGACAAGAACUUUUGUUCUAAUUCAUGCAAUGAUGGUAUUUCUUAUCCAGCAAAUAAUUACCCAUACGGAUAUUGCGUGUGUAAGAGUGGCAUACCCGAGUUGCUUUCUUGCUCUAACGGAAAUCUGUUUAACCCUAACUCCAGCCAGUGUGAAUCCUCAAACAAUAUUAAUUGUGAUGUAGCUCAAUGUGUUAACGCGACAACAGAAGACCCUUAUGCAAUUGCAGCUAAAAACGAAACACAUGGAUUUUGUUACUGCUUUUCUGCGACCGAAGUUGAAUUCUUCUUGUGUCCAGAUAAUGCCUUAUUUGACCCGAUUCGCGAGAUUUGUGCUAUAAGUUGUACGAAUGGCUCGAAAAUAUUGGAACUUAAGCAAGGUAUCUCCACUGUGAGCUGCGUGGGUACUUAUCGCGAGGGAGAAUACGUGCCGCAUCAUACCAACAAUCAACUAUUCUACCAAUGCUAUAAUGCAAAGCUUACGGAGGGUGAUUGUGGUGCAGGAAAUGUCUUCGACCAAAAUAGUCUAACUUGUCAGCCUUGGGACAAAAUGGUUAGGCAGCAAAAUACAAAUCUUAUGCGCACAGAAACGAUUCCGGAAAAUAAUAAAUGGUGUAUUGAAAACGAAAAAAGAUACGUGCUAUCCAACUGUUCGCAAUAUGAAAUAUGCAUAGACGGUGUUUGGACUUGGCUGAGCUGUCCCGAUGGACAAUUCUACAGUGCUCAAGGGCACACGUGUAUUGAACGUCGCGAUGACAUGAUCUGCAUUUAUGGUCAUGUUACAAGUUUUCCAAAUUGUAGUGCUUUAAUGGAGCUACAAACAGUUCACGGUAAGGAUGCUAACUGUACACAAUAUUACCGUUGUAAUCAUGGUAAAUGGCGCUUGAGGAAUUGUCCGAAACAUCACUUUUACUCAAAGCGUUUAAACACUUGCAUCCCAAGUUCGCAUGACGAUGUUUGCCCGGCUGAAAAUGAACUGAACAUUGACAUUAUGACGGUACAGGAAUUCGAUUGUCGCCACAUGGAAGUGCGUCAUUAUGAAAAUAAUUGUGCAAUGUAUCUUAUGUGUUUGGACGGUAAAUGGUGGCAUCAUUACUGUCCACUUGGUAUGUACUAUAACCGUAUAUAUAAUUUUUGCAUGCCCGACUUGGAUGGUUUUUGUUCUGUUGCUUCUAUGCCAUCAAUUGCUGCAUAUUUAGAACAGGCAUAUUCUAGACAACCUUGUAGUUUACCAGGUGCCCUUAGGCCAUCUGCUUUGGCUUGCGAUCGCUAUUAUGUAUGCCAAGGAAGUUUUUGGGAAUUGAAAAUUUGCCCGUAUCAGCAAUAUUUCAACCUUACCGAAAGUGUAUGUUUACCCGAUAUAGAAAAUGUUUGCUUGCAACGAUAUCAAAUUACGUGCCGUGAGGGCGAGCAACGCGAGUUCCCAUUCAAUUGUACGUCCUAUGAGAAAUGUGUACACGGAGAAUGGCAAAAACAAAGUUGCAAAUUUUCUUUUAUGUUUGAUAAUAUUUUGCAUCAAUGUGUGCCGAACCAUGGAGAGUGUGGUGAGAAUGGGUUGCGAAAAGUUUGCGGAACCGGAGUGGUUAGAGCUCAUCCGUUUUCUGAUAAUUGUACACAAUUUUAUUAUUGUCUUGAUGGCAUUUGGAAAGAGGGUAUUUGCUUAAAAGGUCACACCUAUUCAAAUGACUUGGGCACGUGUGUGCCACAUGCAUCGCAUGAUAAAUGUCAACCCUUUAUUGUGGAACAAAAAGCAAUGAUUGAUAUGAGCUUAGAAUCAGGUCAACCAACAUUCGAAAAUAACAUAAGUAUUAUCUGUCUUGGUCGUGAAAAUGGCAGCGCUGUACCACACCCGGAGAGCUGUUUACAUUUUUUCGUUUGCCAUGGAGAGGUGGCAGUCAAAGAGCAAAAAUGUAUUCCCGGAGCGUUUUUCGAUGCUACACUCGGUUACUGUCGUCCAAAUAACGGUAGUUGUAUAAUUCCUCUUGAAGGUGUAUGCGCCAAUUCCACUGACGGUGGCCACGUUGCACAUCCUUACGAUUGUCAGGCAUAUUAUGAAUGUUCUACUUUAAAUGGAACUGAACUACAUUAUUGCGCCGAAGGCGAGUAUUAUCACAAUAUAACGGGUGAAUGUCACAUUGAUCGAGGGGAGUGCCGUGCCGAAUUUAAAGCACACAGUAAAUGUACUUAUGGUCAGCAUGGAAAGAGUUUAUCUCACGAGCGUUAUUGUAACAUUUAUUUUGCUUGUGUAAGUGGUUUGCCUAUACCUGCGAUGUGCCCAGCUGGUAAUCACUUCAACUCUGCUGUUGGACGUUGUGUAUUUGAUCCUGUAAGUAACUGUGAGCAAGGUAGCUUAUCAGAAAUAACUAUUAACAUCAAAUCGGAAGACAUAUGUAAAAACUUAAGUGAUGGCAAUCACUUGCCUGACAUGACAGAUUGCACAAAAUAUUAUGUGUGUAUAGCUGGAAUGGAAUUAAAGAAACAAUGCCCGUCGGGUGCAUAUUUUAAUACUGAACAACACCUUUGUGUACCUGAUGAUGGUUCCUGCCCAUAUAUCAUCAAAACAGAACCAGACUUAUUGAUUGUUCCACCAGAGCCAUCCGUAUGCGAAGGAAAGCAUGGGAACAUGAUGACUGAUCUCCUCAACUGUAAUGAGUUUUAUGUUUGCAUUAAUGGAAAGUUACGACACGAAAGAUGUUAUACGAACUACUACUUCAACUCAUCGAUACUGCAAUGUCAAUCGUACAAGCAAGCUAUUGGCAAUGCAACAGAAGCUGACGCUGUCAGUGCAGAUGAACACCAAUUAAAAUUAACACAGAACAUGUUACAGUGCAAACACAAGCCCUCAAAUUAUACUGAACUCUGCUUGCAAAUGCCAAAGGGAUCUUCCAUUGCAGAACAAGGUGAUUGCCGACGGUACGUAAAUUGUAACGACGUCGACGGUCCUGUCUCUCAGCGUUGUCGCAAUGGUGAGAGCUAUGAUAGCUUGCUCGGUUUUUGUAGACAAAACGAUGGCACAUGUUUGCUGGAAAAUGGACAACGAGUUGGUGAAUGUAAUGCCCGACAUGGAGUGUUGGUAAGAGACGAGGACAACUGUCAAGCGUAUUUUGUGUGCAUAAAUGGGCAGAAAAUUCCUGGCAGUUGCAAUAAAAACGAAUACUUCGAUAAAAUUCAGGCGUCUUGUCUUCCCGAUGAGAAUAAUCAGUGCGGCAAAGCUUUGAGCCAAGCUUAUACAAUGAAAACACCAGCGGUGUCAUGCCUUGGUCUCGGCGAUUCCAUACUUUAUCCAUAUACUCUGGACAAUUGCCGUUCGUACUUUCAAUGUGUACAAGGAACACCAAUUGUACAUAAAUGUGCCGACGGACUGUAUUUCAACGCGUCAAUAACUCGCUGCGUGAAGGAUAUCGUAAAUUGUACUAUGUCGGCAGUGGCACCAAAGCGAACGCUAGAAGAAAUCCAACAUAAGGACGAUGGGAGCUCUACAUAGAUACGUAAUAUAAUGCAGGGUUGCAAAUAAUACAUUAAAAAAUAUUGAAUAAACAUUUGAAAUUAAAAAAAAAAAAUUAUUUUGAAAUAAAAAAUAAAAAUUUUAAUUCCACAUACCAGAUAAAAAAUAAAAAUAAACUACCGGAUUGAAAAAUAAAAAGGUA